UGCAAAAGAGGAUCGAAUGGAUCGAUUGGCAAAGCCUACCUUUCCAGCCACGUGGGGGCAAAAGCCGCUGGAGUGCGCCCUGCUUUGCGCACGGGGCUUCCCUUGUGCGCCUCUUUUGCGCCCUCGAGCCUCAGCCCGCUCCAGAUACACCCCCACCAGGAUUUCAUCUCGGGGGCCAAACAGAUGACGGGCUGAACGGUCACAUGAAACCCUCAUCAUUUCAGAGGCCCUUUUCUUCUGGAGAAGAUCUGGUUUGAUCUUGGUUGGUUAUCACUUCAAAAUGGCCAACUUAGCUGCCGCAGACUUUUACUUGCAGACUCUGGCGAAGAAAAUUUGCGCCCAGGAACUCCGUGAACCGCUGAAAAGGAAGUUUGGAGGGCCUGGAAGCAAGCUGAGGGACGAGAGCACUCAGCCCGGGAAGAAGAAGAAGGAGAGGAAGAAAGAAAAAAAUCAGAAAAAGAAGAAUACAGUGGGGGCUUCUAGGGGCAAAUUCAGCCAAGGACCAGCCAAACCAGCAAGCUACGAUGCGAAGAAGAUGGGGCCAGUUACUGCAAUCGCACCUGGUGCCAGUGCAGAGGAAAGAAAUGGGAAAGAAACGUUGGUAACACCUGGCGGUACAGGGAAUAAAAAGGCACCUGACACAAAUUUUGCAAUGGAUUUCUUGCGGCAGAGGCUACACAACAAAAUUGAAGAAAUAUCUGGGAAGGCUAGCGCCAAAACUCUCUCACCCACCGUGCUGGAGAAGCGCCAGCGAAGGAAAUACGAACGAGAGAGAAAGAAACGCCGGAGGAAGGAGAUCAAAAUGAAGGAGAAAUUAGAGAAGGAAACCGCAGAAGAGGCGUCACCCGCCGUGGCUUCGGAGCCCCAGCAGGCGGAGAGCAAACCUGACAUCUUGUUUAACAAAGUGGAGAUCCAUGCAGAAGAGGAGCUGAACAAACUGAAGAAAAAGGAGGUUAAAAGAAAAUCCAUCAAAGGCAACAUAACACCACUGACCGGCAAGAAUUAUAAGCAACUCUUAAACCGGCUGGAAUCUCGGAAAACCCAGUUGGAAGAGUUGAAGGCCAAAGACGAGGAGAAGGCUAAGGAGUUGGAGGCAAAGAUGCAAUGGACCAAUGUCCUUUACAAGGCCGAAGGCGUGAAGAUCCGCGAUGACGAAGAGAAGCUGAAGGCCGCCCUGAAACGCAAAGAGAAACGUAAGGCCCAGCGUCAGAGGAAGUGGGAAAAGCGGACGGAACAGGUGGUAGAGAGAAUGCAGCAGCGGCAAGAGAAACGUCGCAAGAACAUCCAGGAGAAGAAGCUGGCCAAGAUCGAGAAGAAGAAGGCUAAAGCUCGGAAGAAAGGACGCAUCCUUCCUGAAGAUCUCAAGAAAGCUGGCCCUAAACGGAACUGAGUUUUAACCCGCUUCGGGUUUGAACGAACAAUGUGGAUGUUAAGAGAAUCCAUCCUCUGAGCUGACGGGGCAUGGAGAUGAUGCAAUCAAGUCUGUUUGGGUCAACCCUGGGUUUGAGGAGGACCUCAAGCGUGGCAGAUACUUCUUUCUGAAGUCUCUCAACCAAAGUUGAGUCAUUGGAUUGCCUCUUUCCAGCUGUUCUCAAAUUAUCCUUUCCUGUUUUAGGGAGUGAGAUUUGAAAUCUUGUUACGUAGAAUCAUGUGGUGAAAGGAUGACAUUUAUCCUAUCUUAAAUCUGAGAAAUGCAUUGAAGCAAGGAAGGAAUCAUUAAACAUUCUAUCCUGGUCUGCA